AUGUAUUCUGCUAACCCAGCCAACUGGGUCACAUUUGAAGAUGAGCCACUUUCUCAGUCCCCUCAAAAAUCAAAGAAUUUUCCACUGGAGAAUCACAGCGUCUGUAAACCAAAUGGACUUACUCUGAAUCUCCCCGGCCUCAAAGAAUCCUAUGCUUCUUCCUCUACAAGUGGUACCCCUCUUUCUUCCCCCAUUGUGGACUUGUACCUAAGCCCGGGCCCCCCAAGUAACUCUCCCCUUUCCACACCUACCAAAGACUACCCAGGCUUUCCUUAUAUUCCGAAAGCAGAGGGGAUUCACGCACUUUAUCCCAUUCCUGAAUGGUCCUCAAACAACCCACUCCCAACGCCAGGGGCAGAUACUUCAUUAUUCCCUUCCAAACUCAGCUCUCCUGCCCAAUCCUCCACACCCAGUGAUCAUUUGUGUAAGCUUCCAGACGCCAAAGUGGGGCAUCUGAAUGAGAGGAGCCCUCAUCCUCCCAAACCUGAAAUCUUGGGCCAUCAACGUGACUUUCCACAGUUCCAGUAUUUUCAAGAAGACUGUGCUUUUUCGAGUCCCUUUUGGAAAGAAGAGUCUUUACCUAGCACCUCCCCUUUCAGUUCGGACCCUGAGGGAAAAAAUCACAGGUCUAGCAGAAAGAUGGCCCCUCCUGAACAGAAAAGUCUCAAUCAAUGUUCAUUCAACUAUGUCUGUGAAAGGCUUGAACACCUGCAAGCUACGGCUGAUGCUACAGACUCCAUUGGAAGCCUGUCGAUGCAGUGUCUGUACACUGGAGACAGCAGCCCUUCCUUUGUCCCCCAUACAUUAUUCAGAAGUCAGCAGAAAGUUGGGUGGUCCUUCAUGCUUAGAAUUCCGGAGAAGAAAAACAUGAUGUCUUCUAGGCAGUGGGGGCCAAUUUUCCUGAAAGUUUUGCCAGGAGGGAUUCUGCAAAUGUACUAUGAGAAAGGCUUAGAGAAACCGUUUAAAGAGCUUCAGCUGGACCCUUACUGCAGACUCUCUGAACCCAAAGUCGAGAACUUUAGCAUGGCGGGAAAAAUCCACACUGUAAAGAUUGAGCAUGUGACAUAUACAGAGAAAAGGAAGUAUCAUUCUAAGACAGAAGUAGUCCAUGAACCAGAAGUGGAGCAGAUGUUAAAAUUGGGCACCACAGACUACCAUGAUUUCCUCGAAUUUUUGACAGUCGUAGAUGAAGAACUGAUGAAACUCCCUCCUCUUUCCAAACAAAAAAGAAAUUACGAAGAACAAGAAAUUUCCUUGGAAAUCGUGGACAACUUCUGGGGGAAGGUCACUAAAGAAGGAAGGCUAGUUGAAAGUGCUGUAAUUACCCAUAUCUACUGCCUCUGCUUUGUAAACGGAAAUACAGAAUGUUUUUUGGCUUUAAAUGACCUGGAGCUACAGAAGAAAGAUGAGCGCUAUUUUGAACGAGAUCCUGAAAAGAAAGGAAUUGAAAUUCUUGAAUAUCAUUUUCACAAGUGUGUGAAAACACAAGAGUUUGAGCAGUUGAGGAUCAUUAAGUUUUCCCCAUUAGAUGCUUGUAGAUUUGAGUUGAUGCGUUUCAAGACAUCCUAUGAUGGGGAGGACCUUCCAUUUUCGGUGAAGUCUGCUGUGGUUGUCCAGGGGGCAUAUGUUGAGCUUCAGGCUUUUGUCAACAUGGCCUCGUCUGCUCUGGCCCCAACCUCUUCUGGUCCUUUGAGAUUCUGUGACCAUAUAAUGAUCCAUUUUCCAGUCCCAGCCCAGUGGAUCAAAGCACUUUGGACCAUGAAUCUCCAGAGGCAGAAGUCCUUGAAGGCCAAAAUGAACCGUCGGGCAUGCCUCGGCUCUUUACAUGAACCAGAAUCAGAACCCGUCAUCCAGGUCACGGUGGGAACAGCGAAAUACGAGAGCGCCUAUAGGGCGAUCGUGUGGAAGAUUGAUCGGUUGCCUGACAAAAACUCAAGUAAAUAUCCGGGAGCUGCGGCCAUGGCUUACGCCAAUCCUGUGCCCAAGCUCUACAGAUCUGUCAUUGAAGAUGUGAUUGAAGGGGUCCGUGAGCUAUUUACAGAAGAAGGGAUAGAGGAACAAGUCCUAAAAGACUUAAAACAGCUGUGGGAGACGAAGGUGAUGCAGUCUAAGGCAACAGAAGGCUUCUUCAGAAAUAGCCACCCGGGCCCCCUCUUCACUCUGCAGUUGCCACAUAAUUUGCAUCAGACAAUACAGACAUCAACAGCAUCAUUAGUUAUCCCUGCUGGGAGAACUAUUCCAAAUUUCACUACUACAGAACUGGGCACUUCAAAUUCCAAUGCAAAUUAUAGCCUUCCUUCUGGUAUUGGUUAUCCCAUUCAUGUGCCAGCAGGAGUGACUCUGCAAACAGCAUCUGGACAUCUUUAUAAAGUGAAUGUGCCUGUUAUGGUAACACAGACCUCCGGAGGAGCAAGUAUCCUUCAACAUCCAAUUCAGCAGAUAUUUCAGCAGCUUGGGCAACCUUCCAUAAUACAGACCAGUGUUACACAGCUGAAUCCAUCCUCUGUUCAAGCAGCUACUGAAAAAUCACAGAGACUGGAAACUGUGCUCCCCCAGCCCACGGUCCUCCAUUCUGCAGCAAUGGAAAGGAAGCAUUUAGAGAACUUGGUCACCAAUGAGACCCUUGCACAAUCACCUGUGGGAAAUGAACACAAAACCACACCUGAGCUUCUGUUAAGUCAGCAGCCUAAUUCCUUGGAAAGCCCCCAGUAUAUGAAUCUCCCUGGUGUUGUAUUUACUCCACAGGUGGCCUCUCAAACAGAUUCUAAUGGGGAGCCAGUGGUCAGUGUUUUAGGUAGUGUAACUCAAACUCUGGAUGGUGACCAGCUUUCCUCGGGCCCUCAGGACUCUCUUCACCAACAGUCUGAUGCGGAGGUACUUGUUCUCAAGAACAGGAUGGGUGAAAAUGGUUUCCUAAAGCAGCCUCACACCUUAGAAGAACCUUGUAGCCUCCCUGCCUCAGAAGAGGAAUCCAGUGCCCAAAUGGAUUUGAGUAUCCAAACAAUUGAUGACAUUAAAGAAAUUAUCCAAAUAGAUGGAACUGGAGAUACAUCUUCAAAUGAAGAAAUAGGGAGUACAAGAGAUGUGGAUGAGAAUGAAUUUCUUGGUAUUAUUGAUGCAGAAGAUCUGAAAGUUCUUGAAGAAGAAGGCGAUAGUAUCUCAAAUGAAGAUUCAACCACCAAUAGCAGUGAUAAUGAAGAGCCCCAAAUAGACAUUGUAGAAGAGGACCCUUUAAAUUCUGGGGAUGAUGUUAGUGAACAGGAUGUGCCAGACCUGUUUGACACGGAUAAUGUAAUAGUUUGUCAAUACGACAAGAUUCAUCGAAGCAAGAACAAAUGGAAAUUUUACUUAAAAGACGGUGUCAUGUGCUUUGGAGGGAAAGACUAUGUGUUCGCCAAAGCCAUUGGAGAUGCAGAGUGGUAA